GGCCCGCAUUUGCAAAGACGAGCAGCAGCAGCAGCAGCAGCAGCAGCAGCAGCAGCAGCAGCAGCAGCAACAGCAGCAGCAGCAGCAGCAGGUGGAGGACGCGUGCCCUGAAUUCGAGGAAGUGGUUGUGGCCACUGUCGACAAGGACCUCCUUCAGCUGCUGCGCUACAACCAGCUGCCCCACAGCCGCUGCCCCCGCGUGCGGCUGCUGGCUCUUCACCGCCAGGGCCAAAUGCUGGACAGCCAAUUCGUCAGAGACGAAUACGGGGUGGAGCCGCACCAGCUGCUGGACUUCUUUGCGUUGGUUGGGGAUCGAGCAGAUGGGAUCGUGGGGUGUCCUGGGAUCGGAUCCGCAGCAGCGCGGAAGCUGCUGCAGGCUGUGGAGGGUCUGGAAGGCUUUGAGUCUCGGGGCUGCAGCGCGGCGGGGGUGUUGGGGCGUCGGCAAGCAGCAGCAGUGAAGGCCUUUGUGCCGCAGUGGAAGCAAAAUCGGCAGCUGGUGGCUCUCGAUGCUCAAGUUGCUGCUGCUCGCUGCUGCAGCCUCCAGGCCUUCCAGCUUUCCCGAGCAGGCCAGCAGCAGCAGCAGCAGCAGCAGCAGCAGCACACACUUCCCAGCUGCUUCGCCCAGUUCGGGGUCCACAAACCCGCUGCACAAUGGGCAGAAGCAGACGAAGAGGCAGCAGUGUACACAGAGAAAGCCCCAACAGCAGCAAAAGCGACCCUUCAUCCUCCUGCUGCAGCAGCAACUGCAGCAACUGCAGCAGCAACUGCAGCAGCAAAUGCAGCAACAACUACAGCAACAACUGCAGCAACGAUAGCGGAUAAGGAAGAAGUUGGCGUGUCGCAAGAGUAUGCGGCAAAAGCUGUUGCACGACCGCCCGCAGCAGUACCAGCAACAGCAGCAGCAGCAACAGCAGCAGCAGCAGCAACAGCAGCAGCAGCAGCAACAACAGAAGCAGCAACGAAACGCCGGGCAGCCGAGAAAACGCGAGCUGCCGACGCUCCGCCAACUAAAAGCAAGUCCAGAAGCAAGCGAGCAGCUGCUUCACAAGGGCUCCUGAGGGUUGAGGCUUCUGCUGCUGCUGCUGCUGCUGCUGCUGCUGCUGGGAAGGAUGCCCCAAGAACAGCAGCAGCAAAGCAGGAAGCAGCAGCAGCGGCUACUUCGGCGAAGGCAAGUACAGCAGCAGGUCCAGACGAUGUGUCUGUGGCUAUUGCAGCGAGCAGCGCGUUAACAGCGGCAACAUCAGCAGCAGCAGCAGCAGCAGCAACAGCAGCAGCAACAGCAGCAGCAGCAACAGCAGCAGCAGCAAAAGCACCAACAGCAGCAGCAGCCCCAGGCUGCGGCGCUGCUGUGCUGCAGCCAUCCAAGGGUGUUGCACCUGUCUCUGGUUUGUCCAAGGGCUCUGACCCUCCCCAGAGUGCCUCACCUGCAGCAGCAGCAAAGGCAACAGCAGCAGCAGCAGCAGCAGCUGCUGCUGCAGAAGGUGCUGCUGCAGCAGGUGCGAAGACCGAUCGAGAGGUAGCAACGACGCCAGAUCUCCGCAAAGCACCUCCUGCGCCGCCAUCCGCAGCAGCAGCAGCAGCAGCAGCAACAGCAGCAGCAGCAGCAGGAGCAACAGCAGCAGCAGCAGCAGCAGCUCGGCAAGUUUCUGAGUUGGGAAAAAGCACUCAAAACGUGCAGUGGGCCCUCUGGAACUCUGUGGGGGCCCUGUGGCCAGCCUGGCUGGGGGGCCCCCUGCUGCAGGGGGCCCUGGGGGCCCCCCUGCACUUCUCGAAGCUGCACGAUAAAUCGUGCACUGCAGCAGGAACACCAGUGGUCUUUUCGAGGUGCUUCCACUCUUUGUCGCAGCGCCGUCUGCUGCUGCUUGGCGCGCAGGCCGCAGCAGCAGCCCCUGCUGCAGCAGCAGCCCAUGCUGCUGCUGCUGCUGCUGCACCAGCCGGUGUUGCUGCCUCUAUGGCUCCUUCUGAGGCCUCAGACGCCCCACUGGCUGCAGCGAGCAGCAGCAGCAGCAACCAGAGCAGCGGCAGCAGCAACAGGAGCAGCAACAGCAGCGACGGCAGCGAUGGCAGCAGUGACGACACCAACAGCAGCAGCGGCAGCAGCAACAGCAGCUGCUGCAGCAACAGCAACAAGCACAGCAGCUACCCCUGCGGCAGCUCCGGCAGCAGCACGUGGAAUCCCAGGGUCAACAGCAGCAGCGCGAACGCCGCCGCAACCUCAAGCAGCAGCAGCAGCAGCAGCAGCAGCAGCAGCAGCAGCAGCAGCGCUCUUCCUGCUGCAGAGGGCACUCGACAGCAGCAGCUCGUUGGGGGGCCUUCUGUGGAGACUCCAAGAGAAACAAAUGGAGCCACCAAAGCCGCAGCAGCAGGAAGUGUCUCUGAGUGUGGGGCCCCACACUUGGGGGAAGAUUGGGAGAGCCAAAUGCUGCUGCUGCUCGAGCAGGAGAAGCAGCACGUGGCUUCGGUGCAGCAGCACAUGCGGCAGCAGCAGCAGGCAACGGCCAGCGUGGAAGCGGCAGCAGCAGCAGCUGCUGCUGCUGCUGCACCAGCACUGCGCGCUGCAGCAAUCCGCGCUGCUGCGCGCCCAGCAGCGCGACGUAAGGCUGCUGCGACCCAUGGCGACAGUGCAGCCGCAGCAACUGCUGCUGCUGCUGCUGCUGCUGCUGCUCAAGCUGCUGCUGCUGCUGCUGGUAUUCCUUGCGCUGGCGGUGGCGUAACAGCAGCAGCUUCGGAUACUGCAGCGAAGCUGGACGCCUUUGAUGAAGUUGCAGCAGGUACUGCAGCAGGUUCUGCAGCAGGUACUGCAGCAGGUACUGCAGCAGGUACUGCAGCAGGAACUGCAGCAGGAAGUGCUGCAGCAGCAGCCUCGGCUGCUGCUGCAGCAGCGCUGCCGCUGCUGCCCCCCAUCGAAUGCAGAAGCGUCUCUGCAGCUGCCACGCCACUGCAGCAAGCAGCAGCCUUCCGCAGCACGCUGCGUUUGUGUCUCCGUUAUCUUGCGGUGCUGCAGCACGUGAAGAGACCCACGGGCAAGUGCAGCAGCGCUGCAGCAGCAGCAGCAGCAGCAGCAGCAGCAGCGGAAGAGUGCCCCCGUCAGCUGCCUGAGCGGAUCCCGGUGGACCCGCUUGGGAUGUGUCUUUCGCUACUUGACGAAAGCACAGGCACGCCCAGCAGCUGCAGCAGCGCAGCAAACCGCAGCAGCAGCAGCAGCAGCAGCAGCAGCAGCAGCAGCAGCAGCAGCAGCUACCGCGGUGGGUCCCUCGUGCUGCCAGUGGCUGUGGCCUGGCUAACUAACAGCCCUUCCGGCGCCCAUUCCCCAGCUUGCGCUUUGCUGCCUCUCCACCUGACUUUCAGCCUGCGCCUGCCCCCCGGCUUGCUGCAGCUCUUGUCCUGCCAGCAGCAGCAGCAGCAGCAGCAGCAGCAGCCGCAGCAGCAGCAGCAGCAGCAGCAGGAGCCGCAGCAGCAGCAGGAGCAGCAGGAGCAGCAAGAAGACAUACUGCACUUUCACUUUGCUGUUCCGGAGCUGCAGCAGGACCCUGCUGCUUGCGAGCUGCUGCGCUGCUGCCUGCUGCUUGAGGGGCAGCUGGAGGAGUUUGCUGCUGCGUCGCGGGGUGUGUGGGGAGCUGCUGCUGCAGGUGUCUGUACACCCCAGCCCCAGGUCUUGUGGGCAGCACACGGCGCGAAGCAGCUGCUGCACUUGCUGCUGAACUUGGGGCUGCCGCUGCCGCCGCAGCAGCAGCUGCUGUGCACUUCGCUGCUGGCUUGGCUGCUGCGGGGGGCCAACUUGCGCAGUUCCGAUUUGCUGCAGCACGCGGCGCUCUUCGAGCUGCUGCAGCCACGCCUGCAGCAGCAGCAGCAGCAGGCCCACGGCGACGCCGCUCCCGCUGCAGCAGCAGCAGCAGCAGCAGCAGCAGCAGGGGAGCAGUGCGACGCGGAAACUGCAGCCCGCGCUGACUCCCACAGUGAAGAGUCUCUUCUGCAUCUCUUGGCGUCUCCUUACAGCUCCUUAAUAAUAGAACGCAUGACGGAAGCUGCUGCUGCUGCUGCUGCAGCAGCAGCAAGUGCUGCUGCCUCCGGCGCUCCGCGCAAAAAGCGCCACACGCGGGGAGCAGCCGCCUCGUCUUCUGCUGCUGCUGCUGCGCCUCCAGCUGCUGCUGCUGCGGCUCCAUCUUCUGCUGCUGCUGCUGCUGCUGCUCAGGCAGCAGCCGCUGAGCCGUCCCGCUGCCGCUCGACCCUUCAGCCACCCUGGCGCGUCUUUGCUGCUGCGCGGCGCUCGCUGCUGCCCCCAGAGCAGCAGCAGCUGCAGCAGGGACUCUUUGGGCAGUUUGGGUGGGGCAUUUACUCAAAAGCUCCGCAGAAGAAGGCGCGGGGAACAGCUCCACAGGACGGCAGCAGCAGCAGCAACAGCAGCAGCAGCAGCAGCAGCAGCAGCAGCAGUCCUGAGUGCAAAAUGGCUCCAGCAGCAGCGCAGCUGCAGCUCUCCUUCCAGCCGGUGGGUGUGCCGCAGGCAGCAGCCAGCAAAGAGGACUUAAGCGCAGUGGGUCUCGCGUGCGCAGAGCACAAGAAAGCUGAGGAGGAGGCCCUGCAGCAACCCAGCAGCAGCAGCAGCAGCAGCAGCAGCAGCAGCAGCAGCGGGCUGGUGCGGCUGCCUGCGCAGUUCAAACGCUGCUGCCCCCCACGCCUGCCAGAGGACUUGAGCAGCAGCGACGUGUUGGCGUUUUGCGAGUCUCGGGGUGCAGCGACACUGGUGGUGCUGGAGAAGCAGCAGCGGCUGCUGCAGCAGCAGCUGCAGCAGCAGCAGCAGCAGCAGCAGGCCGCGGAGGACACCGGGGCCCUCAGCCUCGCCUGGGGAGUCUGGGCCCAAAUUGAAAGACCUUUAAUUCCAGUUCUUGCUGCUCUUGAAAGAAGAGGACUUUGUCUUUCAACAUCUUUGUUGGCCCGAGGCUGGCGGCAGCAGCGCGGGGCAGGGGCCUGCAGCACGGGGGCCCCCCCUGCUGCUGCUGCUGCUGCUGCUGCUGCUGCUGCUUGGGGCCCCACAGUGCAUGCGCAUGCGCCCGCUGCUUCCCCCGAAGACUUCGCCGACGCGCUGCAGCAGCAGCAGCAACUCGAGAAAAGAAUUUGGAAGCUCAUUGAGCAGCUAACUGGCCGCAGCAGCGUCAACAUAAACUCCCCCAGUCAGCUGGCAGCAAUUCUCUACGACGAGCUUCAGCUCUCUCCUGCUGCUGCUGCUGCAGCCUUUGAGGGCGACCCCAGCGACGAGGCGCUGAGCAGCCGCAACAGCAGCAGCAGCAGCAGCAGAAGCAGCAGCAGCAGCAGCAGCAGCAGCAGCAGCAGCAAGAGCAACAGCAGCGGCAGCCGCUCUACGGGGGCCGACGCGCUGCAGGGGCUGCUGCGGCAAAUGCGAUCCCAAGAAAUGGGCCCCCGCGAACGCCAAGUGGCAGAAUUGCUUUCUUCUCUUUUGGAAUAUAGAGCGAGCCACAAGUUCUUCAGCACUUACUUUGCUUCACUGCCUGCCUACAUUUUCCCUCCCACCCGCCGCAUUCACGUCUCGCUGCUGCAGACAGGAGCUGCCACGGGCCGCCUCGCAUGCAGAAAUCCCAAUUUGCAAAAUAUUCCAAACCACCAGGAGGAGUGGCGGUGGAUCCGAAGGGCCUUUGUGCCAGCCCCAGUGAGCCCCUGCAAGACUGACUGGGCGGGCGGCUGCGGAGAUGCGCUGAGUGCUUCCUUCAGCAGCGCAGCAGCUGCUGCGGCUCCCUCUGCAGCAAAAGCUCUGCCAGCAGCAGCAGCAGCAGCAGAACAAGCAGCAGCGCUGCUGCCAGCACCAGCAGCUGCAGCAGCAGCAGCUGCAGCAGCAGGAGUUCGUGGCUCUCCUUGGCGCUUUUUGUCAGUGGACUACUCGCAAAUGGAGCUGCACAUUUUGGCAUUCCUUUCAAAUGACCCGCAGCUGCUGGCGGACCUGCGGGGGGGGAAGGCGGGGGGCCCCGGGGGCCCCCCUGGGGGCCCCCCAGGGGGGCCCCCUGGGGGCCCCCCAGGGGGCCCCCCUGGGGGGCAGAAGCUGGACUGCUUCCAGCUGGCGGCCUCGCGGCUGUUUGGCUGCGCCCCUGAGGAAGUUACUAGGGAGCGCCGCAGCGCGGCCAAGACAGUCACUUACGGCAUUCUCUACGGACAAACGGAAAAAGGACUUUCUCGCCAGCUGCAGCUGCCGCUGAAAGACGCGCGGCAGCUAAUAAGCUGCUUCUUCAGUGCCUACCGGGGUGUACAGACACUGAUGCGCACGCACACGCAGUUCGCCGAAAACACCGGAACUAUUGAAACUUUAGUUGGCCGCAGCAGGUUGCUGCAGGGGGCCGACGAGCUGGCGGCACAGCUGAGUCUUUGCCCGCAGCUGGCGGCGCUGCUGCAGCGCGUGGGCGCAGCAAAACGCCCAGCCAGCUCCCCCAGCAGCAGCAGCAGCAGCAGCAGCAGCAGCAGCGGGGCUGCCAAGAGCCGCUGCAGGAGGCAGGCCAUGAACAGCCCCAUCCAGGGCCUCGCCGCAGACAUCAUGAAGUUCGUCACUGCCAGGGUGGAGCAGCUGCUGCAGCAGCAGCAGCAGCGCGCCCUCGCGAGCCCAGGCAGCGCGCAUGCACUGGCGGCAGCUGCAGCAGCAGGGCCCCGCGGGCUUUGGGGGGCCCCCCACGAAGUGCUGCGGAGGCCCCUGAGAGCCCAAGUGGUGCUGCAGAUCCACGACGAGCUGCUGCUGGAAGUGCACGAAGAAGACGUGCAGCUCGUGCUGCAGCUGCUGCUGCCGCUCAUGCAGCGCGCCUGGGGGCUGCUGCUGGUCGAAACUGACUGCCUGGAUCGCUACGCUGCCCUUUGCCGCGUGCAGAAGUUCCUCAGUGACCCCCACGGCGAGGAAAGCGCUGGGGAGGCGGCCCUGCGCCGCUGGGCGCUGGAGAUAGCGGGCAGCAGCAGCAGCAGCAGCAGCAGCAACGGCAGCAGCAGCUGCCCGCAGCAAAACUGGUUCGAACUCCCGGCCACCUACGAGUGGCUGCGCCCGCUGCUGCAGCGGAAGCUGCCGACCAGCGCCAAAGUCGGAAGUGACUGGGCUUGCUGCUGA